AAAUCAUCGUACUUGCCAAUCAACACACUGACCAACAAAACAAAAACAUACACAAACGUACAAAGCUCUUUGAUAACCGUGAACGAGGAAUUGAAAGUUUGGUUAAGUAAUACAAAGAUGUGAUGUUUAUUGAUAUGUGAAUGAAUCGAGUUUAUUAGAUACUUUGUGUAAUAGAUAAAGUGGAAAAAAAUAACAAAGAACAUCAAAGCAAUCACGACAAAGUUAUCGAAACAUUUGGAGAAUUGUGCGCAGAUGUCUUAUGGAUUACUGUAUUAAGUAAUAAAAUUGCGUGACUUGAGAUAGUGAUAAAGGCAAAGAUAAAUCUGUAAUAGACCUUUGUAUGAAUGAAUUUAACGGCACAACAAACGAUAAAUUUGGCAAAAUAACAGCUGACAACUUAUGUAACGAUAUUAAGGAUUACAUUGGCUUAACAAAAGCGUCUAUGACAUUACAGAAAUGUUUUAUGUUGUUUAUGGAUACGUUUGAAAAGGUUAAAUAGACAAUUUACGUGUUAUAUAACAAUACGUAUACGUAAGAGGAAGUUGAUGAAAAAGCUCUUGAAGAUAAAGUCGUUUUAAGAUAAAAUGGAAUCUAAAAUCCAAUAUCUGGUAAUGAAGAUGGAAAUGAAGACUGUACGUGAUGGGUGAUUGAUUGAAGGGAGCUUCGACGGAAUUAUGUUUCUAGGUACAUAUAGGGUGCUCCAACAUGGCGCGACGAAAAAGUGACAGUGUGAAGUGGACUUUAGUUUUAGUGUUAGUAGUGUUUAGUUCUGUAGUGUUUUCGCGACCACAGGAAUCCGAUUUAUCUAUAAAUAUAACAAAUACAGAAACAAAUAAACCCACAGAGACUACAAUAAGGGUCACAAGUGAACCACUUUCGAAUGAAGAGAAGAACGACACAGCAUCAUCGUUAUCAAAUACUUCAAGGGAUGUUAAAGUUAAAUCUCAAGUUUUGGGAGAAUCAAUUAAGAAAGUCGCAACGCAACUUCUCGAUAAACCCAAUAAGACGAUCCAAGCAGCAGUUGUACCCGAUACAAGAAUACCACCAAAACUUAAAACACAAAUAGCACAGAAACAAAAAGUUAAAACAAGAAAAGAAGAUGAACAAUCCAUUGAGAACUCUCAUACAGGCAUUGCUAUUCCUGUAACAAUGGAAGAAUUAGAACUGGAAAAUAAAGAAACAGUACAGGAGUCUUCUACUACAAACGAAGGUAUAUCAACAUGGAUUUUGUUAAGUAAUCCUGCAAACAAAGAAAAUACUUCAUCUACAGAGCCAACUAAAACUGAAGAAGUUCAUAAGAAACCAAAGCCAGUGUUAAGUAAGAAUAAAAAUAAAAAACCACAAAAUAAGGUACCAGGAGUAAAACGUCCAAUAAUAGGAAGUACAAAUAAAUCCGAUUUAGUAGCUGGUGGAUCUGCAAUAAAUGAAAAUAUUUAUAAUAAAAUUAAAGACACAGUAUUAUCAAAUGUACAGAAAAAUAAAAAUAUCACACCACGUUCUACAACAUUGAGUACAACGACAGCAAUACCUUCGACUGAAACCCUUACAACAAAAGUUUCAGUUCCAACAGUAAAAGUUACGUCAAAACCAGCAAAAAAGGGCAAUAAAAAUAAACUAAAAGCUUCUACAAGUACUACCACCACUACAACGUAUCUUCCAAUAAUUAGUGAAUCGGCCAUGUUACCUAUUGAACCUAAAGAACAAGAAAUCGAAUUAGAGGUAAGUACACCAGCAACAACAACUAAAAAACCAAAACGAUCGUCGACUAAAAAGAAGACAAAAACCAAGAAACGUAAAACGACGAAACCCAAGACUGAAGCAUCAACUGCUGCAUCAACCGAUGUGAAAACUGCAAACAAAACUAAAGGGACAAAAGUUUCUAAAAAGCCAACAAGUUCUACAGGUCCAUUCACAACUCAAAUUUAUAAUUAUUUUUCAAGAGAAGUAAUGCCGUCAGUUGGAGUUGGCGUUAUAGGCUUAGCAGGACUCGUGGGUCUUGCUAGUUACUUUUUGUAUCCUUUUGCUACACCUGUAAGACGAACAAUCGAUGUCGACAAGAAAGACGAUAUUUACAGACACAAUGCUGAAGAAUAUGGCAGUGAAGGAAAUGGUCAACCAGAAGAAGAAAUGCUUGGAACUGUACUUGCCGGUAUGCCAAUACAUUCAAAACAAAAAUUGAACCCAUAUGUUGCUCAAACGGCGUAUGUCAAUAGAUAUCCCACUAAAAAGGACCAAGACUUAAGAUAUCGUCACGUCACACCUAGUUAUCCUAACCACAGUGUCCAUUAUCCUCAACAAAAAACUGGAAUAGCUCAUGGUGCAGUAUAUCCUGAACCCUAUAACAAUUACAAUCGAUAUCAAUAUGAAACAAGACAUGCUUACGCAGUAGCGGAAAAAAAGAACGAUAAAGCUCAAACAUAUAGUCCAUAUUCAGUUGCUGCUGUAGAACCAAUUUAUACGGCACCUCAUGCAGGAUCACCAGAAAUUUCAUCAUAUGGUAGCGACAUGUCCAGUUCCGUUGUGUAUGGAGUAAAACCUUCAGAAGAGGCAGAUUUUAAGCCCGUCUAUCCAUAUGAUACUCAGUUAUAUGGUGAAACCACAAGUAGUACUAUAACAUAUCCACCAACGUCACUAUAUUUAGGUUCAAAUGAUGAGACUGACGAAACAGACAAUGUCAACUAUGCUGAAGAUGGUAAUGAAGAUACUGAUGCAGAUAACAAAUUUGUAGUUGGGAACGUACCAAAGGAAUUAGCAGAAUCUGUUACGCCAGCGGUUGUUCCUGAACAUGGACCUAGAAAUAUAGAUAGAAAACGAAGAGAUACGCGCCGUAAACGGAGUGUGGUUGGAUCCAUUGAGGAAAUAUUGAAAGCCACUAGAGAAAACAAGGGAAACGAAAUAUUUAUCAGUAAUGAAAUUGACGAUGGCCUGGAAGUUCCUGCCAAAACGCCAUCGCCAAUUGAAUCAAUGGAAGUAAAGCAUGUAGUAACAAGUAGUCCGGAAAAGAAAGAUGUAUUCACAGUGUACGCAGUGUCAGUGGACCCUUCUAAAGAAUUCAGUCAAACUGAAGAAAUAAAUACAAUAAAAAAUGACGUUAUUGAAAGUGUUUCUACGAUACCAGUUGACGAGAAAAAAAAUACUGAAAUGGAUUUAUCUAAUGAAGUUGACGCUACAACCAAAAAUUUUAAAGUAUACGAAAUUUUUACAAGCAAACCUGAAGUUGUUACCGAGAAAAGUACUAUGAUAGUUGAGAAUAGUAAUACAAAAGCUGAUUUUACUACACAGACUAAAAAUAUGAAUACAGAAACUACUACUGAAAUUAGAUCUGAGACUACGUCAACUUUGCCCCCUUCUCCACCACCCGUUUCAGUAUACACUAGCAGAAGACCAUAUAGACCUACCUAUAACGGCUUAACAUAUAGGCCAGAGGUCAUCACAUAUCCCCCACAAUCAUAUAGCGGUGGAGGAUUCUUCGAUUUUAUUAAAAGGGUAGUUGAUUUUAAAUACCGUCUUGGAAUGAGCAUUCUUCAAAAUACAUCUGAAUCGCUUAAUAGAUAUUUAAGAAGUAUGGAGGAAUCAGUUAGAAGGGCUGCAAAAGCGUAAAUAAUUGUUUUUAGGAAACAUUUAAAAAUUAGUGUGGAUGAUUUUAUAAAGUGCAGUAAUUGAGAGUUACGAGUAGGAUUUUUAAAAAAAAAUGCUAUUUUCUAUUUAGAAGUUUAGAUAUGGAGCAACAAAAAUCAAUUAUAUUAAUUUUUUAGUAUUAUUUAAUUAGAAGUAUUUCUGCUGCUAAGUAGUAUAUGUCUCUACAGGCAUAAAAUUGUUUAACCAUAAUAACUGAAACAGAUGGGUUCAUAACAAAGUGUUGUUAGACGAAUGACUAUAGAGUGCCCUUGAAGUUGAUGUUCUUUUAAAUAUUUUAAUUUAAAAUUAUGUUUGCUUCUUUUAGCAACUAUUAGUAUAAAUUAAAUAUUUUCUGCAAAGUAGGCGUAGAAGAACAAUCUUCUUUGAAUCUUUUGCUAAGAGUACGAUUUCAAUGCAAGAAAUCCUGGGAAGAUUGCUAAGAUAAAUCUUUCUUUUUAGACUUAUAGUGCAUUUAUUACUUUAAAUAAUAUAAAUAUACAUUAAUAUGUACUCCACAGAAAGAGAAGCUUACAUUUACGUAUUGUUUUAAAAACAGCUAUAAAGCUACAGCAAGGUAAGCUAGUUUUAAUGUAUUUUAGAAAUUUGCGUGAGAGUAUACUUUUAUAUUAUUUUAUAACUACUGAGUAGUAUAUUUUCAGAAUGUUAUCCUCGAUUCAUAUUUUUGAGGGAAGCCUACUGAAUAUAUAUUGUGAUAUUAAAGUAUUUUUUUUAAGAUUUAUAGAAACAUUUUCUAUCUAUUAAUAUAUAAAUUUAUGUUAUUUUUUAUUUUUUUUUUGUAAAUCAUAUAGGUUAUACGCACAACUAAGCAGAUCACAUUUUUAUGAAGUAUUAUAUUUUAAUAUCUUCUUUGCACAGUACUUUGCUUUAAUAUAAUAUCACUGUAAAACAAAAGCGUUUUAUUGCUUGAAAACUUAAACUUACUUUGUUUUCUAAGUAAGGAAUAUACUUUUUGUGUUGAUAUCGAUAAUACAUUAUUUGAU